CCUUCUCCUUCUACUUUUUAUCAUUUCCCUUUCUCCUUCCAUUUUCGCCUUCCUAACUUCUCCUCAAUCCUCUCUCACUAUUUUCUAGUUUAUAUUUUUGUGCGUUUAAAAGAAAAAAAUAUAGAAAAUCUACAUAGAAGAGAAGCUUUAUUUUAAUCUUGUUGUGUGUGUGCGUGGUUUUUAUAUAAUUUUUUUUACAAAUUAAAAUCUCUCCUUUGCUUUUGAUGUGAGCAUGGCUGGUCUUGAUCUAGGCACAUCUUUUCGUUACGUUAAUCACCAGCUCCUUCGUCCCGAUCUCCACCUUCACCACAACUCCUCUUCCGGUGACGUCACUCCUGGCGUCGGAAUAGGUCAUUUCACCGCCGACGACGAAGACAACAACCACCAAGGUCUUGACUUAGCCUCAGGUGGAGGAGGAUCAGGAAGCUCCGGAGGAGGAGGUCAUGGCGGAGGAGGAGGAGGAGACGGUGUUGGCCGUCGUCCACGUGGCAGACCACCGGGAUCCAAAAACAAACCGAAACCUCCGGUAAUAAUCACGCGCGAGAGCGCAAACACUCUUAGAGCUCACAUUCUUGAAGUAACAAACGGCUGCGACGUUUUCGACUGCGUUGCGACUUACGCUCGUCGAAGGCAGCGAGGGAUCUGCGUUUUGAGCGGUAGCGGAACGGUGACAAACGUCAGCAUACGUCAGCCAUCCGCGGCUGGAGCGGUUGUGACGCUACAAGGAACGUUCGAGAUUCUUUCUCUCUCCGGAUCGUUUCUUCCUCCUCCGGCUCCUCCCGGAGCAACGAGUUUGACUAUAUUCGUGGCCGGAGGACAAGGACAGGUCAUUGGAGGAAGCGUCGUUGGUGAGCUUACGGCGGCUGGACCGGUGAUUGUAAUCGCUGCUUCGUUUACUAAUGUUGCUUAUGAGAGACUUCCUUUGGAAGAAGAUGAGCAGCAACAUCUCGGAGGAGGAGGAGGAGCUAACGGCGGAGGUAAUUUGUUUCCGGAGGUUGCUGGCGGAGGAGGAGGUGGACUUCCGUUCUUUAAUUUACCGAUGAAUAUGCAACCAAAUGUGCAACUUCCGGUGGAAGGUUGGCCGGGGAAUUCAGGUGGAAGAGGUCCUUUCUGAUUGAGUAUAUAUUCUAUAUACCGGCGGAGGAAGCUUUUCCGGCCAAGAAUUUGCGAGAGUGAAGAAAGGUUAGAGAAGUUUCUAAUGGACUAAUGAAUUUCAAUUUAUCAUCGUGAUUCUGGACAUUAUCUUGUUCAUCGUGUUAAGCAGCUUAGGGUUUUUUAUUUUCUGUUCUUUUUACGUUUGGUAGAAUUUUAUGUUUCAACCCUUUUCUCCUUCUGUGAAACUCUUAUGUAUUUGUGUUCGUCUGCGAUGAAAUAUCCUCCAUC